GGUAAAAGUCCGCAUACAGGAUCUCACUAGAUCCACAACGUAAAGAGGGAGAAACAAAACAAAAUGGACUCGAUCUUCGGCAUCGUGGGUAAGGACUUCGUGCUGCUGGCCGCUGACUGCAAGGUGGCGCGCAGCAUCCUGGUGUAUAAAGAUGACGAAGAUAAGUCCAUUAACCUGGACGAUCACAAAGUGAUGGUCACAUCGGGUCCGCAGAGCGACCGCUUGGCCUUUGGCGAGUACAUUCAGAAGAACAUGAAGCUCUACGAGCUGCGCAACGGCGUGACGCUCAACGGUCCAGCCACCGCCAACUACGUGCGCGGCGAGCUAGCGCGUUUCCUGCGCCGCUCCCCGUACCAGGUGAACCUGCUUAUCGGCGCCGUGGAUACCACGCCAGAGCAGAAGGCCGACCCUAGUCUGCACUGGAUCGACUACCUCGGCUCCAUGGUCAAGGUGAACUUUGGAGCACACGGCUAUGGUGCGCACUUCUGCCUGUCCAUCUUCGACCGCGAGUGGAAGCCGGACAUGACGCUGGAUGAGGCCAAAGAGGUGCUUAAGAAGUGCCGCGCAGAGCUCGACAUGCGCUUCCUCGUGCGCAACGGCCAAUGGGCGUACACGUUGAUUGACGCGAGCGGCAUCUCGCAGGUUAAGGUUGAGUAGUUUGAAGAUGGCUACACAAUACAGAAGAGAGGGGUGCUGCAUAAUUGAAUGCUAAUAGGCACACUUUCUGCAGUAUUGAGGGCUUUACUCGAGAAUUUCGAGUCGUUUAUUGAUUCAGUAGGUGCAAAAGAGUCCUCUUUAUAUUGACGUGGAGUCUCACGCACCACGGGACUUGCGUUCUUGUGCUUUCCGGCGGUUGUCGCGGUAUCGACGCAGCUCCUCCCUGGUUAGCAAAACAAUGGUUAGACAAGGAACUACUGC